UUUAGUUAGCCAAGUAUCUUUUAUUUGUUUGCUAUAAAUAGGUGGUGAUGGUUAGACUUCCUCAUCCAUAACAAAAACAAGGUAAAUAAUCACCACCGAUUCAUAAUAUGGCUGUUCACAAAGAAGUUAGUUUCCUUGCUUUCCUACUUGUUCUUGCUUAUAUAUUUAUUGUAGAAAUAUUGCUUCUACAUGUUGAUGCCAAGGCUUGUUCAGAAGAAAACGCAGAAAAUCGCAUAUGCACCAAUUGCUGUGCAGGCCGUAAGGGUUGCAACUAUUACAGUGCUGAUGGGACUUUCAUUUGUGAAGGAGAGUCUGACCCCAACAACCCAAAAGCUUGCCCUCGGAAUUGUGAUACAAGAAUUGCCUAUUCAAAAUGUCCCGUUCCGAAGGAAACGCAGAAAAUCGCCUAUGCACCAAUUGCUGUGCAGGCCGUAAGGGUUGCAAAUUACAGCGCUGACGGGACUUUCAUUUGUGAAGGAGAGUCUGACCCCAACAACCCAAAAGCUUGCCCUAGGAAUUGUGAUCAAAUAUUGCCUAUUCACUGUGUCUCUAUGAAAAAUAAAAGCAUGAACAGUGUCAUGCUAAUCUCUGUAAUAUGCUUGAGCGUCUAUUUAUGAAAUAAAAGCGUGAACAGUGUCACGCUAAUCUAUGUAAUAUGGGCGUUGGAGCCCUUUUGGACUUAAAUCAUGUGUUUAAGUGUGUUAA